CUAUCUCACACGUGUGAAGCACAUGUAAUGGUCCCAGCAUACUCAAUCCCCGAUCGAGUCGUCUCUCCAUUCUCUCGCCGAUUCCAUCCGUGAUUCAGGAAAUUAUGAGUUGCAGACAACUCUGACAACAAAACCCUACACUGAAUAAGCAAAGGAGAAAAACCCUAACAAAACCUUGACAAACCCAAGAAAGUAAUCAUCUAGAUCUCAUCAGCUGCGUUUUUCGAUCUGCUAUGGCGGACUGAACUUAACAAAAAGAAUAGCAGGAGAAAAAUAUUAAGAAAACCCUAGAAAAUUGACUCAGUUUCUCAUCUGAGACCUUCGACACCGGCAAUGGCGGAUUCAAGUCAGCACAGAGAAACAAGGUGAAGAAAGCGUGACAAAAUCCUAGCUUGCGCUGAAAUUAUCUCGAAAAGUUCGAGCUUUUCCCUGAAAUUGAGCUGAACUGGCUUGGAAACUGUGAGAUCCAGCUCUUGUCGUCUGGAAUUGAACUGAACUUGCUGGAAAAUCGAACAAUCCUACUCUAGAAACCAAAAUCGAGCCGAACUCAUCAGAAAAUGGAUCCUUGGACCUCUCUCUGCCUUUAAUUGCACUAAAUUGGUCAGAGAAUGGAGCGAUCCCGUUCAAAAAGGCACUACUAUGACCAGGACCAUGAAACGUCUGGUCCACCCAUCAAUGGAAGCAGAAGACACAGGCACCAUUACCACAGUAACCACCAUGGCCAUUAUAGUCAAAGCAGGCCUCCCCCUCACCGCUUACCGAAAUUCUCUCAAUCUCAAGAACCCAACCUUCCAGUAACAACCUGCUUUCGCAUCCUUUGCCCUGAUUCUAAAACAGGGAGGGUAGUAGGAAAAAACGGGAGCAUAAUAAAAAAGGUUAGUCAAGAAACAGAUGCAUUGAUCAAUGUACAGUCACUUAUUCAAGGAGAUAUAGAGCGUGUAAUCGAGAUCACUGACGUGCGUCGAAGGGACCCUGAUGGUCAUGUCCCUUCGUACUCCCCUGCGCAAGAGGCAUUGCUUUUGAUACAUGACAGGAUUCUUGAUGAUACACUAGAGGAGGAGGAUGGUGAUCAGAGGGAGCAGGUUCAACAAUAUGGGAGAGGAGGGAGAGUGGCUACAAGGCUUGUGGUGUUGCGAAAUCAUGUCGGGUGUAUACUGGGGAGAGGGGGGAAGAUUAUAGAACAGAUGAGGUUUGAGACCAGGACCCAGAUUAGGAUACUCCCUAGGGACCAGCACUUACCUCGGUGUGUCACUCCGGAUGAUGAGAUUGUGCAGAUUGUUGGUGAACCCAAUGAUGUGAAGAAAGCUCUAGAAAUUAUCUCUUCUCGCUUGAAAGAGAGCCCUUUCCGUGAAAGAGGUACCUUGUUUCAUAAUAGAGCGCAUUCUCCGGAACGUUAUUUUGCUCCUGAUGAUGACUUCUCACCCCAGAUGAACAACAUCCAACGGCAAACACCCAUAGAUGGGCCCCCAUUGGGCAUUAGAUCAUCUACAGGUGUGACCGGUGCAAGAAACAGCACCUAUUCUACAAGGCCCUCUAGUCAUGUGAUGCUUGAAUCUUUUGCAUCUCCCACAGUUGAUCGUCCACAGUCAUUGGCAACAGAGGAGCUUUUGUUCCGUAUACUUUGUCCAAGUGAUAAGGUUGAAAGUAUGAUUGGAGAAGAGAAUGGAAUAAUGGAAAUGCUUCGAAGCGAUGUUGGAGUGAGUAUUAGAGUUACUGAUGUUGUACCAGGAUCAAAUGAACGGAUAAUAAUCAUUUCUUCAGAAGAGAAUCCAGAAGAUGACCUGAUUCCAGCUCAGGAAGCCUUGCUGCAUAUUCAGAACCACAUCAUGGAUCUUGGUCCUGAUAAAGAUAAUGUUGUAACAACCAGGCUGCUUGUUCCAGUUGAUAAAGUUGUAUAUUUAGAGGGAAGGGAGGGUCCGUCACUUCUAGAGUUGAAGAGGUUGACUCGAGCAAAUAUAGAGAUUUUGCCAAGUGAUGAACUUCCCCAAUGUGCAUUCGGUGCAGAUGAGGUUGUUCAGAUUGUUGGGGAUAUAUGCACAGCUCGCAAUGCACUGGUUCAGGUGACAUCAAGGUUACGUGAUGCAUUAUCUCGUGAAAGUUCCUUUUCUAGGAUGCCAUUACCACCGCUUUCUGGUCAAGGUCCUCUUGGGAAUGUUGUAGGCCUUGAGCCAGAAUCUCCUACUAGAAAUAAUUCAGGUCGUGAAGGGUACCAAGGAACUGGUCGCCUGGCGGCAUGCUAUCAGAUUGCACAGAAGGCAAAUGCUGCAUGGUCAUCAAAGGACGCAGCAUUAUUUGGUAGCCGAACUCAGGAAUACGAAGAGAGUGGUGGUCAUGAAGAGGUGCUAAACCGGCUUGAUAGGUUUCCAAAAGCUCUCAUCACUAGAACAACAGUGGAAGUUUUAAUACCGGAGAAUGCCAUUGCUGCUCUCAUUUCAAGAUCAGGGAGCAAACUUGCUCAGAUUAGUGAGAUUUCAGGAGCAAGUAUUACUCUUCUUGAUAGCACACCGGGGAUGCCUGAUAGGAAAGUAGAGAUAUCAGGUGCCCCAGAACAGGCCGAAAGAGCUCAGAGUCUUCUUCAAGGCUUUGUACUAAGCACACAAGAAGAUGUUCCAGUAAGCUGAUCCAAUGAAACACCGUGUGAGUUCGUGUUACUUCAAGGGACAUUCCGUCCUCACUUCAUACUGAGGAGCAAUUUACAUGAGGAAAAGUUUUACUGCAAUUGCAAAGGUGACUGUACAAGGAAGGUAGACAGUGGCCUUUCCAUAUUAACUUCAUUUGCAAAAGUAAAAGGCUCUGUUCAAUAGUGAAUCUUCGUGUUCCUUUGCAUCAUGGUUUGAUACCCAAACGCCAAAUUCCCAAUC